AAGCCCUAAAAGCCCAUGGGUUCUCAGUGUGGGCUGCUGGCGGGCUUCGGCUCUCGGGUUUCAGCACUACACCCGUGUCGGGCAGACCGCCGGGGAGGCGCCGGGCACCGCCGCCCGCCCAGGGGGGGCUGCAGGGCAUGCAGGAGAGGAGGGAAUGCGGCAGGCGCCCGCCUCGUCCUCCUAAGCCCGCAGCUCUUGUGCCGGGGAAGGCGGGCGGCGGCGCGGCGGGCGGCGGGCGGUAUGAGCGGCGGAGCGGCGGCGGGGGCUGCACUGCUGGCUCUGGCGCUGGCGGCGGCAGGAGAGGCAGCGGUGGUGCUGCGGGACGGCGGCUACGAGGGGUUGCUGGCCGCCGUGCAUCCCCGCGUGCCGGAGGACGGCCGGCUCGUCGCUCACCUCCAGGAGAUGAUCACCGAAGCUUCUUCGUAUCUCUUCAGUGCUACAAAAGGCAGAUUCUAUUUCAGAAGCGUGAAGAUUCUGAUACCUCCAACGUGGAAAGAGAAAAGUUAUGAGAAACCAAAACACGAGACCUACGAAAAGGCAGAUGUCAUAGUGGCAGCUCCUUAUUGGAAACAUGGCGAUGACCCAUACACCCUGCAACACGAGGCGUGUGGAAAAAUGGGAAAAUACAUCCAUUUCACACCUAACUUCUUAGCAAAUGAUUAUGCGACAGACAUCUAUGGCUCACGGGGCAGAACCUUUGUGCAUGAGUGGGCCCACCUUCGUUGGGGGGUAUUUGAUGAGUAUGACAAUGACAGACCAUUCUAUGUCACUGGACAGAAUCAGGUUAAAGUUACAAGAUGUUCCUCUGAUCUUACUGGCAUCUAUGUCUGUGAAAAAAACUCCUGCACUGAUGGAAGUUGUGUCAUUAAUAAGCUAACAGGGCUUUUUAAAGAAGGAUGUGCAUUUAUUCCUGAAAGAAAUCAGUCUGCAGUAUCAUCAAUAAUGUAUAUGCAAAGUUUAUCAUCUGUGGCUGAAUUCUGUAAUGAGCAUAACCAUAACAGAGAAGCACCCAAUCUGCAGAAUCGAAUGUGUGACUACAGAAGCACAUGGGAAGUAAUCAAAAACUCUACAGAUUUUGAGAAUGAUCUUCCAUUGACCACCAGCAGCCUUAUUACUCCUCCCUCCUUCUCAUUGCUGCAGAAAAGAGACAGAGUCAUCUGUUUAGUUCUUGAUGUUUCCAAGACUAUAGCUGGGCGUAACUGGAUCAAUAGAUUGCAUCAAGCAGCAGAGUUGUAUUUACUGCAAAUUGUGGAAGAAAACACUUAUGUUGGUAUUGUCACAUUCAGUGACAAAGGAGAGAUCAAAACUCACGUGCACCAGAUAGUCAGCAAUGAAGCACGGAAGCAGCUUGCUUCGUACCUCCCUACAGCUCCAGGGGGGAAGAGGGCAAAUGUUUGUGCAGGCCUGAGGCUGGCAUGUGAGGUCAUUAGGAAGAAAGAAGGACAUUUGUAUGGAUCUGAAAUUAUACUGGUGACAGGUGGACAGGACAAUAGUACUGGCAGGUGUUUUUCUGAAGUGAUUAAUGGUGGAUCAGUCAUCCAUACUGUUACUGUUGGGCCCUCAGCUGCUAAGGAAAUCGAAGACUUCUCCAAAGAGACGGGAGGAUUUAAGUUUUUUGUCCCAGAAAGGCUGGACUUCAGUGACUUACUGGAUGUUUUCACUGGAAUUACGUCCAGAAGUGGAGAUACAUUCCAUCAAUCUAUUCAGAUUGAAAGUGCUGGUGAAAGUGUUGCAGGGUACAGGAAACUCAGGAGGACAGUGGCUAUUGAUAGCACUGUGGGACGAGAAACCUUCUUUGUAGCCACAUGGCAGGCUGCCGAACCACCAGAAAUCAUCCUGAUUGAUCCCACUGGAAGAAGCUAUACCGUCAAGGACUUUGAAUUAGAUUCAGUAUUCCAUGUAGCUCGCCUUCAGAUUCCAGGAACUGCAGAGACAGGAGACUGGACAUACACACUGAUAAAUGUUCACCUGGCUCCUCAAGUUCUAACAAUGACAGUAACGUCUCGAGCAGCAAAUUCUACUCUACCCACUGUGUCUGUGAAAACCUAUAUGAGUAAAGAUACAACUUACUAUCCCAGUGCAAUGGUUGUGUAUGUACAGAUUAGUCAAGGCUUUUCCCCUAUUCUUGGAGCAAGUGUGACUGCCAUUAUCAGUUCAGAGAAUGGAGAUACGGUUUCCUUGGAACUUCUUGACAAUGGAGCAGGUUCCGACAUUAUUAAGAAUGAUGGCAUCUAUUCCAAGUACUUGUUUUCUUUCUCUGGAAAUGGCAGAUACGGCCUAAAAGUUCAUGUCCAGGCUAACAGGACUACCGUGCCACAAACUGCAAUGCCAUGGAGUCACGCCAUGUAUAUACCAGGUUAUGUAGAAAAUGGUAAACUCAAGAUGAACCCAUCAAGACCCCCAGCUAUAGAAAAUAACGUUCAGGUCAGAAGAGGAGGUUUCUCUAGAACAGCUGUGGGAGACUCCUUCACAGUAUCUGCAGUUCCAAUAGGACCUUAUAUUGACAUUUUUCCACCAUGUAAAAUUAUCGACCUUGAUGCCAGAAUGGAAGAUGAUAAAGUCAUUCUAACAUGGACUGCACCAGGAGAUGAUUUUGACAAAGGUCAAGCUGCAAGUUAUGAAAUCAGAACAAGUGAGACUCCUCUGGAACUAAGGGACAGCUUCUAUAACACUACUUUUGUGAAUACUUCCAUUCUAUCACCUCGGCAUGCUGGCUGCACAGAAACAUUUGAGUUUAAACCAGAAGCUUUUACAACAGGGAACACAACUGUAAUCUAUGUUGCAAUACGUGCUGUGGAUGACGUUUUUCUUCGCUCUGAGCUAUCUAAUAUUGCACAAGCAGUAAUGUUUAUUCCCCCAAUGGCAUAUCCCACUUCUAAUUUGAAGUUUGGUGUUUCAACAAUAUUGUUACUAUUCUUUGUAUUAUUAACAGCAGUUUGUCUAACAGUAAGUACAAGCCUUUGUUUAGUAAAGAAAAAGAAGAAAAAGACUCUAUCAGAAAAUGCAGCUAGGCUGCUUCAGCAUAAAGUGUAAGUUUAUCAGAGCUCUGGGUACAUUAGAACAUUUUACUGCUUAGACUUGUAAAAGUAAAUAUCCUACAAUAAACAGAGUAAACAAGUAAUCAGAUUCCAGACAUUAUGAAGACACAGUGAUUUAACAGCUGUAUCAUGUUGUCUAUGAGUUUUACCAUGAAAGAUUGAGUGACAGUAAAUCAAGUCAUAUGCUGAUAGCUUAUACUGCAAAAAAUGUCUGUGUACAGUCUUAAAACCGUGCAGUGUCAUGGCCUAUUCUUACUGUGCAGUGGAAAAGUUUUCAUUAAAUUGAGAGAGAUACUGAAGAUAGCGUUCCUUUUUAAAAAACAGACAAGAAGCAAAACUAAGCAGUGUGAGUUCUGUCUAUGUUUCUAUGUAAGCACAUACGCUAUUCAGCUUCUAGGCAUGGUGGGGAAUUCCCAGGAAGGAGGAAACUGUGAUCGUAGGGUCGGGGAGAAGCUUCCGCAAUGAGGCAGAAAUAGUCUUUGACCUGACCUAGCUGAAGGCAAAAUAAUGUUUACUGGAAACCAGAGCAGAAGGAAGGAGACUAGCUGAGGCAUUCUGCUUUCAGCUCUCUGACGUGCCAUGUCUGGGGAAAAACUGUACAGCCUGCAAUGGUUCCAAUAUGUUUCUGCUACUAAUCACUUGUAUCCUUAAACAAGCAAACACAGAAAAUGGCUUUCCAGCCAAGAGGUGGAUCUCUACUAUCAAAAAUCUCAUCACAACUUUUCUUCCCUGUUGUUACUGCUCUCCUUGGGUUUAGAGGGCUGAAAAGUGCUUAGUAAGAACACACUGGGUUGCUUUGAGUUUACUGUGUUCUUCAAGGAACUUUUCCUGCUCCUAUAGAGACAUAAAGGUUAUUCUUUUAUUUUUGUCUAUAUCAGUGUAUACGUAAAUAUAUGUGAAAGUUUGUGUAUGUGCACAUAAGCGUGCAUGUGAUGCUUUUUUUCCCGUAAUAAGAUUGCAAAUAUAUUGAUUAUCUGGCUCUAAAA